CAAGGGAGGCUUUUUCAACAUUAAAAACAUGCUGAAAAGGCCAGCUUAUGCUUGAAUAUACGGUAUUUGUUUGCAGUUCUAUCGUUAGUAUUACAAACCUUCCUUCUACAUCUGUCUUAACCAUUUGAGAGUUUGGGGAGAUAGAAUACCAGGCUAUUUCUUUGGGAAGUUCCCUCUGAGGCCAGUUCUUCUCCCAGUCGUUUUUGUUUUCAGCCGUAUAGAAUCAAGGGAUAACAUUUCAGGCCAUCUGGAGGCCCCUUGAAGUCUUCUUCCCAAAGGCAUCCAGGGAAGACCUUUUCUCUCCAUGGCCUCGAGUUUUCUUAGGAUUUCCUUGAGCCUAGCUAGUUCUUCUUCUGUUGCUGAAAAUCUUCCACUGGAUGGAGGAAAAAGAGGAGUUGGCAGGAAGGAGACUUUGUGGCUGGAGCUGUGCCUGUCUUUGCAUCUCAUCAUGGGCUCUACCGAGGGAACCAUGUUUGGGUCUGACCCAGUGGCCCUCUAAUAUGGGGAAAGGGUUCAGUUCCUUCCGUGAUUCCUUCCUUCUCUUAUCCUGUCCUUCUGUGUUUCCUCCCUUCCUUCCACCUUUCCUUUCUUCUUUCCUUUUUCGCCUUGUUUGCCUUGAGCCAGAGGUAUGCGGCUUCAUGUCUAACCUUUUGCUUCUUCUUUCUUGACCAGGAUGUGAGAGUUCUCUGGAGCCACCCCUGCCGUGAUGGGAAACGAACCAGCUUCUAGUCGAUAUUAAGGAUUUUGGAAACCAAGUGUAGUAAGGAAACCAGUCCUCUAGGAAAAAGGAUUCCUCUCAAGGGGCUGAUCUUGCUGAAUUCCUACAUUCACUUUGGAUUAUAGAGUAGAACCAUAGAGUCGGAAGAGACUGCAUGAGGCACCCAGUCCAGGCCUCUGCCGUGCAGGAAAAGUGCAAAGUACCCCUGACAGAUGAGCAUCUGACCUCUGUUUAAAAGAUUCCAGAGGAGCCUCCACUGCAUUUUGAGGCAGAGAGUUCCACUGCUGAACAGCUCUAACAGUCAGGAAGUUCUUAAUGUUCAGGAAGAAUCCACUUUCCUGUAAUUUGAACCCACUGCUGUGAGUAAUCAGAAAGGGAAAAACGAGAAUCAAGUGUCCUUAUUAGAAUUAAAUAUACAUAACACUGCUGACAUGGAGAAGAAAGCAUAUAAAUGUAUCGAAUGUGGAAAGAGCUUUAGUCAGCAUGGAAAGCUGAAGACACAUCAAAGGACUCACACUGGGGAGAAACCCUAUAACUGCCUGGAGUGUGGACAGAGCUUUACUCAGAAGGGACACUUACAUUCACAUCAAAGGACUCACACUGGGGAGAAACCCUAUAAAUGCCUGGAGUGUGGACAGAGCUUUGCUCGUAGUUCAGGACUACGUUCACAUCAAAGGACUCACACUGGGGAGAAAUCCUAUAACUGCCUGGAGUGUGGACAGAGCUUCGCUCACAGUUCAGCUUUACAUAGACAUCAAAGGACUCACACUGGGGAGAAACCCUAUGAAUGCCUGGAGUGUGGACAGAGCUUUGCUUGUAGUUCAGGACUACGUUCACAUCAAAGGACUCACACUGGGGAGAAAUCCUAUAACUGCCUGGAGUGUGGACAGAGCUUCGCUCACAGUUCAGCUUUACAUAGACAUCAAAGGACUCACACUGGGGAGAAACCCUAUGAAUGCCUGGAGUGUGGACAGAGCUUUGCUUGUAGUUCAGGACUACGUUCACAUCAAAGGACUCACACUGGGGAGAAACCCUAUGAAUGCCUGGAGUGUGGACAGAGCUUUGCUCGUAGUUCAGCUCUACGUAGACAUCAAAGGAUUCACACUGGGGAGAAACCCUAUAUAUGCCUGGAGUGUGGACAGAGCUUCACUCAUAGUUCAGCUCUACGUUCCCAUCAAAGGACUCACACUGGGGAGAAACCGUAUAAAUGCCUGGAGUGUGGACAGAGCUUUGCUCGUAGUUCAGGACUACGUUCACAUCAAAGGACUCACACUGGGGAGAAACCCUAUCACUGCCUGGAGUGUGGACAGAGCUUCGCUCACAGUUCAGCUUUACAUAUACAUCAAAGGACUCACACUGGGGAGAAACCCUAUCACUGCCUGGAGUGUGGACAGAGCUUUACUCAGAAGGGAUGCUUACGUUCCCAUCAAAGGACUCACACUGGGGAGAAACCCUAUGAAUGCCUGGAGUGUGGACAGAGCUUUGCUUGUAGUUCAGGACUACGUUCACAUCAAAGGACUCACACUGGGGAGAAACCCUAUAUAUGCCUGGAGUGUGGACAGAGCUUUGCUUGGAGGGGAAACCUAAAUUCACAUCAAAGGACUCACAUUGGGGAGAAACCCUAUAAAUGCCUGGAGUGUGGACAGAGCUUUGCUCGGAGGGGAAACCUAAGUUCACAUCAAAGGACUCACAUUGGGGAGAAACCGUAGAAAUGCCUGGAAUGUGGACAGAGAUUUUCACGGAAUGACAUUAGACAUAAACAUCAUGGAAUUCACCCUGGAGAGAAUGGUGUUAAUUGACCCCAGGGUGUCAUUCAAACAUGUACAAAAGCAACGCUUGCAAAUUUUGGAAAUGCGAGCUCAAAGUUGGGACUUUUCUUGCACUGGCAAGAGUAUGGAAAGGAAAGAGAACUCCAACAAUAGAAGAAUGGAUUUUAAAAGUACUUGACAUUAUACAAAUGGACAAUCUAACGCAAAAUAUAAGAGAUGGGAAAAAUAAAACGGACUGGACAAACUUUACAGAAUUUAUGAGAAAAAGAAAACUGGACAUUGAUAUAGAUCUGUCUUACAUAUAAAGAACAUACUAACAAAGGAGGAUUGAAAUAAACAAACAGGAAAAAUCAGGAAAGUGAAAGAACAUUCUCCAAAGCACAGAUGGGAAGUCAACUCACUGUAUGUAUGUAUGUAUGUGUAUAUAUAUGUAUGUAUAUAUAUACACACACAUAUAUAUAUAUAUAGUCAUUUUCCUUUUUUUCUUUUGUUUUUUUAAAAAUAUUUUUAUAUUCUAUAUGUGUGUGUGUGGGUGGGUAUAUAUAUACACACACACACACCUUUUUUCUUCCCUUUUCUUUGUCCUCUGUAAGCUAUUCACUCUACCUUUCUAUCUACCUAUACGAUGUUCUCCCACUUUUGAUGUAAUAUACCACAUAAAUCAAAUAAAAAUAUACACACAACAAAGUUGGGACAUUUCAUCACAUGUGGUGUAUUGUAGAAAGAUUGAACUAAAAUACAUUCCAUUCUGGAACGUAAUUGAGGUUAAAUGAAACUAGAGUUUUAUAUGUUGAGAAUGUUGGAUGAUCAAUUAGAAUGAAAACAUGGAUAGUGACUGCAAGAUACUAAAGUGAGAAUUGACUGUACACAGGGAUGGAAGGAAUGUUUUAUUCCAACGCAAAAAGAAUGGCUUAUGAGGACCUGCAAAUUAGCCAAAGUGAACAAACUGACAACAACAUGGGCAAAUGUCAGUUGUAAUAUUAUUUGGAAGAGUGUUAUCAGAAAUAGAAGUGUGGUUAUGUUAUAUUAUCUAAAGGGAGUAGAAUAAUGAGAGAUAAAAAUUAACAGAUCGAAAGAGGCCUGUUGCGAAAGAGGCCUAUAUCCACCCACCCUAGGCAAAUCAGUAAUGAAGUCCAUAGAAAUAAUCUGCCAGGGCUUUUCAGGGACGGGUAGAGGCGAUAAUAAACCACAAGGUCGACCCACUGGAUGUUUACACUGCUGACAAAUAGCACAGCUAUCACAGUACUUUAAAAUGUCCUGCCUCAUUUUGGGCCACCAGUAAUGACGAGUGAUGGCUUGUACAGUCUUAAAUCUCCCAAAAUGUCCCGCAGUUGGCUCAUCAUGAUAUGCUUGGAUGAUUUCCAAGCGUAAUUUACCAGGCGGUACAAAAAUCUGCCCAUUACGUGAUAGUACCCCAUCCUCAUCUUGUAAAUUAGGCAGUAUAGUCCUCAUAUCUUGAGAGAGCAAUAUCAGCUGUUCUUGCGUCCACCUAUCCUCUUUUUGAGAGGACAACACCCGGUCAUGAAGAUCCUGCCUGUCCUGUACCAUAUUUAACAAUAAACAGGUAAAAUGGUUUGCUCAGAGGAUA